GGUAAAAAAAAUAAAGAGAGGAGAAUCUAUGGAGAUGGGUGCAGGUAGCAGUUCUAGAGCCAGGCCAAAGAGGAAGAAGGGUAUCAAAAAAACGGAGGUCAUCAGUUAUGAACAAAGCGUGGUGCAAUUGUCGAAAGAAGGGAGAAAGACAUAUAUGAUUGUGGAGAAAAAACGUAAAAGGCCAAUGAACACAAUUCAUGGAGCUUACUCAGCCGUCUUUGAUAACACAUAUCCUCAAUACAACUGGCUUUACAAUGGCUGGCUCGUCGAGGAGCGUCGCAUCAUGCUGUCUGGCCGACUUUACCGGUACUAUUACGAUCCAAAGGGGAAAGAGUACAAAUUCAGGUACCAAGUGGAGCAGGUUCUCACAAGCAUUGGAAAGCAUCUGGCUAUUAAGAAGCCAGUGGUCAUCGUCCUCGACGACUAAUGAUCUGCUCUUUGUGAAUGCUCUUUUGUACCUUGGACAAAAGGAAAUUUACCUGUCUUAAAUUUGUGUUUUUAAUUUGAGGACCACAAUAUUUAAGCUUUCUUGGAUGUUAUUUGAUUAAGGAUUCACUGAGUUGUUAUUUCAAUUAUUUGCAAAAACUGAUUUUAAGUGACAAGUUUAACAUCU